UUACAGCAGAGAGGGAGUACGGGGGAGCUCGUAGGAGUCGGAAAGUUUGAUGAAGAAAUGUACGCUUCUUCUUCAUCUACAGAAGCAGAAGCUGAAGCUGAAGCUGAGAAGAACAUCUACAAAUACAUAUUCGGCUUCGUUGAGAUGGCAGUCGUAAAAUGCGCCAUCGAACUCAACAUAGCAGAAGCCAUUGAAAGCCACCACACUUGCCUCACCCUUUCCCAACUCUCGUCAGCUGUCAACUGCGACCCCUCCAUGCUGCACCGCAUCAUGCGCUUCCUCACUCGCCGGAACAUCUUCAAACAAGUCUCCACCACCCGCGACGGCGCCCAGCCUGAGCCCGCCUACGUGAACACCCCUCUCUCGCGGCUCCUGAUAAAGAAAAGCGAAGCCAGCAUGGCGGCUUUCGUGAUGCUGGAGUGCAGCCCCGUGAUGCUGGCGCCGUGGCAGAACUUAAGCGGCAGGGUUCGGGCCAACGGGACGUCGUCGUUCGAGAAGGCUCACGGGAAGGAUGUGUGGGGCUACGCGGAGGCGAAUGCGGAGCACAGAGAGCUGAUAAAUGAGGCGAUGGCGUGCGAUGCUCGGAGAGGGAUGAGGGAGAUAGUGGAGCACUGCCGGGAGGCGUUCGAGGGGGUGAGGUCGGUGGUGGACGUGGGCGGAGGGAACGGAACCGCCAUGAGGAUGUUGGUGAGAGCGUGUCCCUGGCUGCGAGGCAUCAACUUCGACCUUCCACACGUAGCAGCGGCGGCUCCCAACUGCGACGGCGUGGAACACGUGGGAGGAGACAUGUUUGUGAGCGUUCCCAAAGCAGACGCUGCAUUUCUCAUGUGGGUACUGCAUGACUGGGGGGACGAGGAAUGCAUAGAGAUCCUGAAGAAGUGCAGGGAAGCGGUAGGAGAGAAGGGGAAGGUGAUGAUAGCGGAGGCAGUGAUAGAAGAAGCAGGCGAGAAGGAGAAACUGAAGGAGGUGGGGCUGAUGCUGGACAUGGUGAUGAUGGCUCACACCAGCGUCGGCAAAGAGAGGACUGUGAGCGAGUGGGAGUAUGUGAUCAGGGAGGCCGGAUUCUCCGCCUUCUCCGUCCGCCACAUCCCUUCUUCUGUCAAGUCCCUCAUCAUGGCCUUCCCUUGAUGACAAGUCCUCCUUCUGUGAUAUUCAAAUAUCCAAUGUCAUCAUACUUUACUGAAUCUCUGGUCUCUGCCCUAUUUGUUUUUUUUUACCUUCCUUGUCAUUAUUCACUUAAAUGGAAAUAAAAGGAACUCAUGUACCCCAUCAUGUACCUCCAUCAUUUCCAUAAAGGGUCGCUUGGAACUACCCUGACAAUGUCUACCCUAUUUGUGAUUGAUAUGGAUCUACUACAUCAAAUAAAUAUGGAGUCGGCGGUUGGUUUCUUUGA